CUUUGGAAUUUAUAAAAUAAAUAUAUAUAGAUAUAAACCAAGAUAGCCAUGAGCCAGAUGCAACUGCAAUCGCAGCGCGUUCGCCGCACUCGGCACCAUCGCCGCCAUCAGUCCGCAGAACCGUGCGAGUGCCUACGUCCUGUGAUAAGGGUUUUUGGUCUGCUGACUUCAUUCGUUAUCUGCGGCGUUGGCGUUGAUGUCUACAUGCAUGGCUAUCAGGCCGGUCUUUAUAUAGUUUUUUCAGCCGUGCUGGUAAUGUUCAUUGAGAUCAAGUGGCUCGUGACUAUCUUUCUGCAACUUCAGUGUGCAGAGGAUAAUUACCAGCGGAGGACCUGCAGCUGCUCGGCCUGCUGGCGACUUUCAGCGAUUUGUGGCGGUUGGCGACCCACUCCGGUUUAUGCGGUCAUCGGCAUCUGCCUGAUACUAUAUCCCCACAAUCUGUGGCUGAGUUAUGUGGCCGGAAUGUUCCUGAUACUCCUCGGGCUCCUCAGGCUUUGCACGCUGCUCAGAUUCAGCCCCUCCAAGGAGGAGGGCCUCCUGCCGCAGUGUGACUUUGAAAAGGUCUCGAGCUUUGUGGAUACCAUGGAGGAUGAUUUCGCGGAGGUUGGUGCCUCGCAAGCGGCCUUGGAGGACGAAGCGGAGGAGGAGGGCGAUGACCACCCCGUCAUAGAUGACGAUGUUUGCUAAUAGUUUAAGCCAGCUUUUCUGCCUAAUGUAAUGUGAGAUUUUAAACGACUUAACAGAUAUCUAUUAAUA